UUAGUCUUUGUCUGAUAAUAAAGCAAACCUCCCGAUUCUAUUUUUGAAUGUGAUUGUUUUCCCAAGACUUGUUCUUCUAGUUAUUUUCUUGGCAGAGAAGUUAAAUUACUAAUGUCCCGCAAGCCGCCGUGCUACGGUUCCUUUAAAGAUUAAUUUCAGUUUGUUCCGUUUUACCCACGAAUUGCUGUGGUAGAAGUCAUUCGCCUAACAACCUGCUGCUUACCAUUGGUAGUAGUCCUGUGAAACUGGAAAGGGGCACUAAGGUGAGAGAAGGACGCAGAAUGGAAUACUUUUCCUUGCUUUUGGAAUGCCAAGUUCAUCUGGUUUAUUAGUGACACUGUAAGACCUUCACUUGAAAAUUAAGGAGUACUGUUCCAAGAAGACAAAAAAUAGUGAAGUUUUGGAAGAAGCCACAUGAGUUUUCCCUGCUCUAUUAUCUAGUUGCGUCCUUGGCAGAGGUUUAUUUACCACUCUAAGAAGCUAGGAUGGAGUUUGCCAGUGGUUAUAUCUAUAUUCCUGUAGCAGUGAAUGACACACUUUUGUCUAAGCUAUCAGAUACAUCAAAGACCCCACCUCCUGUUCCGAAGAGAGUCCCUCAACCUGCUUCCACAGCAUUUUAUGAUGUAGCUGAGGGCAGCGACCAGUAUAAGCAUAAUAAUAGCCUAAAUGUUACUGCUUUGCUUACCAGUGAAUCAUCAAAUAAGUAUGACACUUUGUCUCUGGAUCCUGCCAGCAUUAACCAUCAAGACAGUGAAGAGAGCAGUCCUCUUUAUGAAACACUUGGUCAUACAAGUCCAGUGUAUGAUGCACCAGAAUCCUCAGGUGCUUUAUAUUCAUUAAAUGUAAGCCAGGGUGGACAAUUAUAUUCUUCACUUAAUGACAUGAAUGAGCUAAGUCAGUCUGCAGCUGGCAAUUCAAAUCCAAGAUGUCUGACUUAUGUUAACAAUUCUUCUUUUAGCACCCCUCCACCUGUACCUCCAAGAACCCAACGAAAUCCAAGCUAUGUGGACAUUGUUCCUGACUUACCUACUGACUUCCCAGGGUGUGUGGUCCAGCCUCCAGCAAAUGAGGCACAAAAGCCUCCUCCACUACCCCAGCGCACACAUCUGAAGCACAUGCUGCUGAAAUCCAAUGUAAAUGUGGCACUAAUCAAUGCUGGAAAACUUGCAGACAUUAACAAUGGUAAUAUAUACACUGGUACCCCAGUUUCCUGUCAGAACUGUACUGCUGUAUUAUCUGGUCUCAACCAAGUGGAAGCAAAUGAAACAUCGAUGUGGACCUGUGACUUCUGUGAAACUGUCACUAAUAUGGAUUAUCGCUGUACCACCCCUAAACUCGGUGAUGACCAAAUCUACAUCCAGAAUUCCUACAAAGACAAUACCCUUGAUCCAAAAAAUUCCUUGGUGGUCUUCUGUGUUGAUAUUUCUGGGAGCAUGAGUGUAACUUCAGAGAUACCUGACAGUGGAAAUGGAACAUGUGUGUAUAUGUCCAGACUUCAGGCCGUUAAAGCAGCAAUAUCCCAGUCCUUGCACUACCUACAGCAGACGGAUCCAUCCAAGAGAGUUGCUCUUAUCACUUUCAAUAAUGAGGUGAAGAUCUAUGGUGAUGGGCAGAUAUACCCAGUUACUUUCCAAGACUAUCAACUGAUGGAUGAAGACUACUUGAUGUCACAGGGCCAGCAGCAGCCAGCCCCUCAGUGCAUUGCAGAGAGCUUAUCUGUCCUGGAGGUGGAAAUCUUUAAGUUGCAGGAAAAAGGCUCUACUGCACUUGGACCAGCUGCCCUUUUAUCUAUAGCAAUGGCUUCAAAAAUGCCAGGGUCAAAGGUAAUAAUUUGCACAGAUGGAAAAGCAAACUCAGACCUUGGAAAUUUGGAGAACAUAGAAGAAGAUGAAGUCUAUCAGUCCUCAAAAGCAUUCUAUAGUUCACUUGCUGAGUAUGCAGUGAAUCAUGGAGUGAUUGUAUCCGUCCUCACUAUUGAAGGGACAGACUGUAGACUAGCUGAACUUGGCCAGAUGGCAGACAGAACUGGAGGCAAGGUUAACAUUGUGGAUCCCAAGGCACUCUCUCAUGCGUUCCAGUCUAUUUUAGAAGAUGAUGUUAUAGCCACCAAUGUCUCAUUGAAAUUUGUACUUCAUAAAGACAUGUAUUUUAAGUAUGAAGAUCACAGAAAUCCUGUCCUGGAGAAACAGAUAGGAAAUGUUAUCAAAGAUACAGAGCUGACGUUUGAAUUUGGAAUUCAUGAGUCUAGUCUUCAGGAGGUUUCAAGGAAAGCCCAACUGCCUUUUCAAAUCCAGAUGAACUUCACAUUGCCUGAUGGAAGGUCUGUGUGUAGAAUCCUUAAUCAGCAGAAGCCCAUAACUGGGAACGGCACCUUGGUUGAGAACAGCAUCAGUAUCAGUGUGUUACAGAUUCAUUGUUCCCAGCUCAGUGCUCGACUGGCCAUGGAAGGCAGGCUGGAAGAGGCCAGAGAGGAAGCAUUGGCUCAGAUUGAACUGAUUCGACAAAUACUGGGUAAAACAGCUGACAACAAUCAGAAAGCAAUUUACGAAGACUGGGUGAACAGCAUGUCUCCAAUUUACCAACAUCUACCCUCACAGCAGCAGACUGUCACCUCAAGUGACCAUCUUUAUGAGUCAUCAGAACAUUCCAAUAAACACAUUCGUAAGCACAUUUCAGAUGAGGUCGCAAAUGUCAUUUUCCAUCUGAAAAAUGCAAAAAAGAAGAUGUUCAAAAAGGCCAAGUUUUCAUUUAUCUGAAGAAGUUGUCCAAUGUUUUGAAGGAAAGUGGUAAAUGUGACUAAGAAGAUAAACAUUUGUUUUAACAGAAAACAUAUGAACUCUUUUACAUCUUUAAGUUAUUUUGUUAAUGUUAUUACUAUUUUAGUGCAACAUUAUCUUUAAAGUGUCUUCUUUGGACAUACUUCAGUGAUGGGGGCACUUUUGUUGUUUUAUCUCAUCAACAAGCUGGACAAAAGAGCAUUUUAGUUCAGAAGAAGGGAGUUGAUGUUGCAGACCAAGCUUAACAAUCUCUUCAUUAUCCGGGAGUCAAAGAUCUCAUUAUGCCAUAUCAUGUCAAUAUGUUCCUUGCAAGUUUGAAGAUCCUUUACUCACUUGUCAUGUUUUGUUUCAGGGAUCAGCAAAACAUGGCAUGCUGAUGUUGUUGGACAAAUCUUUGUCACAUUUUCUAACUGCUAUGCAAGAUAUUCUUUCUUUGAUUUUGUUACUACGUUUUUUGUUAUCAAGAAAAUUAUCACAUUUUAUUUAUAUAACAUCUGUCUGACAGAAAGUAAUCUCAUGCAAAAUUGCAGAUAAGUAGUAGGUGUUGUUACUGUUUUUACAACUGUUUCAUACAGCUUUACACAACUAAAAUGUAGACAUGGGAAAGUACUGAGUGCUUGCAUGUAUUAAUGUAAAAUGUGACAUUAUAUCAUUUUAGCAUAGGUUAUGAUUGAUGCUAAUUACACAAACAAUAGUGUGGAUAUGGCUUCAGAGGGCAGUAGCCAUGGUCCUAACCAGAAAGCUGUGUUACUGGAAUACUGUCAAAAUUUCCAUCCUCUAAAUUUCAUGAGGGUUGUGAUUUUUAUAAUAAAUUAUUGUCUGUGAACAGUGAUGAAA